AUGUUUAGAAACGGGAUAGACGAUACUUCAGCAUAUGGCACGGACGUCUCUCAUCGCACGAGAGAGCAGAGAAUUGCAUCUAUGGAUUCGAAUCUCGGUUCGGAUAUUCCUUCCACGAGAGGCAAGAAAUACCUUAUGCGAUGUGUUUUGUUUACAAAGCGAGGCGGGCUAUUACGACAUCUCACGCGAUACGAGCAGACACAAGUCGAUGUCAACGAGUUCGAUGGGAAAUUCAGAACGGCUGUUAAGUGUGUCUUGGACAGCCCUGAAGUUGUAGCAGUUCUGGAUCAGAAAGAGCCUGAUUUUGGGCUGGCGCUGAGGUUUGCGCUUCAGCAUAUAGUGCCGGUGGUUAUAGGCCCGAAUGCUAAAGUAAUCCAUGAGGCCGAGGAGCUUUCGCUCAAGGCGAGGGUGUUGUCGAAGGGUAUUUUUGAUGGGCAGACGGAGCUGCGGAACCUACUGGAUGCCCAUUGGAUUGCCGUUUCCCGCCGAUGGAACAAGUAUCAGCUCCCCGGCCGCGAGAGGGUGUUGCGAAGUGCGUGGCCAAACAUGAUUCCCGCCCGUCUGUCGAAAGACCCGGUAUCUGGCAGCGUCCUGGUCACGGAAUCAGAUAUUCUGAGAGAGGCGUAUAUGUGGCCGUAUAUCAAUUUGGAGGACCUCGUCUCGGGCGAUCGACUGCUCCUUUUCAUGGAAUCAAGAAGUCGCAAGCAUCCAAGCGUCUUUGUUCACAGCGACUUGCUGGAUUCAAAGUCUGCAGUGGAGAGAGGUGUCGUCGAUAUAAACUAUCUCGAUAAUAACCUCAUGCGACUUGACGCCGGGGGGGAUGGUAAGAAUACACGAAGCGAAUACGGCAGGUUGGAGACGUUUUCUCGAGCGUCGAGAGCGGAGAUGGAAACACUGCUUCUAAGCGGCGCGGGUUUCCUGCCAGGCGAAGGGAUGCUAAUCCUCGAAAUCCAAGAGCGCAUCAUGAGAUUCCUCUUGGAUUGCUGCCGUGGCAUUCUGUACGACACCACAGAGGUGAAGCGUCUACACGAAACUCCUCUCGCGACCCUGGCGGCAGAAGUAUCUUAUAGAAACCCCUCAGAAACCGAUCUCCAUCAACUGCAGCAGCUCGUCUCAGCCCACCACUUCGACGCAGAGGAGAGCUUUUGGGCGUUGCGUGAGGACCCGGAUUUCUUCGCCGACGCCAUCUUGGACAUUACUAGACAUCUGCGUGACGAGGAACCGCAGGAACGAGACUUGGUUAUGUCUCGACACGUGUUCGCGGUCCGCAAGACUUUGAGGGAUACCUAUGGCGACAUAGUCAUCUGGCGAGAGCUCGAGCUCCGCAUUGCAGAGUUGGCCAAAGAAUCGAAGAACUCUUUUGAGAAGUUAACAUCUCAGGGGCUGCUUAGCCCGUGCGAGGCAGCACUCUUCCGUCUAAAGGAUUUCUUGAUGUACACCAUCCAGUACUUUGCAUCUCAGCUAGAAGCGUUUGCGAUCGAGAUCGAGACUCAGGAAGGAUUUACGGUGUCAUAUGCUCUUCAUGACUGCAUAGCUGACUCGCGUAACGACGUCAACUUAAGCAUAUCUCUGGUUGGCGAUGUCGAAACAAUAUUAACGAAGGAUGCUUAUCUCCGGUCCUAUAUAUUACCGGCAGUCACCAAGACUCUCGAGAAGCUUUUUGUAGCUUGUGAAUCGCUCCGGCAAUUAAGACUUUAUCAGCCGUAUAUCCCGGGGCUCUGGAGAAACGACGGCGAAUGUAACACCCAGUUGCCAGUUCUCGAUACUAUCUUCAAAGCGUCCGAGGUAGACAAGUGUAUAUUUGAUUUGGUCUAUCCCUUACAACCCACAUUCGCAUUUCCUGUCUACGAGCGUCAGACCUGUGAUACGACAGAGGUCCAUCCAGCGGCUCAUGAUAACCUAAAACGAUUCUGGGACCAAGCAGACGCAUUCUUCGAAGAUGUUGGAAGGCAGAGGCCCUACGAGCUCUUAAAGGACUAUGUCGCACAUAGACAAAUCCGAAAUGAAAGUCUCUCCGAUACCACAGUGCUCGAGGGACCACAGACACUACCACAAGCAUCAUCUACUACGUUAAAUCUAGAUAUCUUUACAGUAUCCCUUAACUCCCCAUCGACUUCACCACCAAGCACUAUAUCAACAAGCCCCUCCGUACAGCAGCAGCAGCAGCAGCCCCUACACGCACCUAAGCAACUCAUAAAGCUCCAACGCCAGAACAUAGACGUGAUCAGAGCACUAUUCCUCGGAAACGCGCGAACAGAAAUUAAGUGGGUCAGCUUUCUAGGAGCCAUGGAAAAGAUAGGGUUUGGGAUACAACCCGUGAAAGGUUCAUCGUAUCAAUUUACAUAUCCGAUCAACCACGGCAAAUCCAUUCUAAUCCAUAAGCCCCACCCGCGUCAAGUGAUCAGCAAGGCCUUGGCGCGGAAUAUAGGAAAUAAACUAACGCGUGCCUAUGGGUUGACGGCGGACCGAUUCGAGGGGGUAUAG